UCUGUCUAAAAAAAAAAAAAAAAAAAAGAAUUAAACUCAGGCAGUCUGAUUCCAAAGAUACGAGGCUAUUCUGUCUCUUAGGAAAAUAAUGCAUAUUCCCCAUUCAUAACUUGGAGAGAAUAGGAAAAUUAAAAGGAAGCAAAAAUCACUUGGAGUCUCACUACCUAAAGGUACAUUCUGUGAGUUAGUAUUUUAGUGUAUGUAGUUCCUUUCCAUCGUUUUCUGUGUUAGUGCUCCUAUUUGAACAAAGCCUUUGGGAUAUCAAGCUCAAAAUCCCUUCUGCUUCCUUAGAAACCCUGUAGCAUUAGCCCAAACAUGUCGCUACUCUUCCUUGUGACAAAGGGGAGGAUCUUGUCUUUGGUCCUUAGAAUUCCAGCCCAAGCCUCCCACUAGAAGGCCAAGCUGAGUGUUUAGACAUUCAGAGGAACUGGGGUGGGGGGAGACACAGGCCUGUGACAUGAUCCUGGCUCAAGGAUUAGGUUCGCUGAAUCCCAGCAAAGGGAGCCCCACCCCAAGCCCCAUCUAAGCUUGGGCUAAGGGUGGGGCAGAUAGCAGGAACCCACCCUUACAGGUUUAGUGCCAGCACCCUUAGGUGAAACUCUUGAUGAAACUUGAGGAGAGGGCCCCAGCAAGCAGGGACAGAAGGUUGGCAACAGAGAGAUCUCCUCUCUGAGGCCUCUGCCAGUGGUCAGAGGUGGAGCCGUGGUCAAAGGGAAGCGACAGGGAAACUUCUGAGAGCCAGGCUGGGGGAGGCAUCACUCAGCUGGGCUCACUGCCCCAUAAAACAAAAUGGUAUGUGUCACUGCCACCACAUUUUCUCAGCCCUUGUCUCUCCCCAGGUUGCUAGCGUCCCCCCUGGGGGACCAAACUGGACUAAGCACCCAGGUGGCCUGCUUCCCAGCCUCAGACAGAGGGCAGGCUGAGUCAGGCAGGAAAGUGGGACAGGUAGGAAGGCCCCUACCCUCCGUGAGCCCCACUGAUAUAGGAUAGCAGGUGGCUUGGAGGGGCAGGUGACCUAGCAUAGAGAGCCAGAGCAUAAGUCCUCAAACAAGUGGCAACAGGCCACCAACUUGAAAGGGAAAAUUGUGCAGCAAUGGGAAGUGUGUCUAAUAAACCUACUGGGUGACUAAUUAUAAAGGCUGGGCUACAGCGUCAAAGGCUGCUUGUUAAACGCUUCAUGAAGUGGCACCCUAAAAGCUGCCACCUGUGCAUUCUGGGAGCUCAGAGGUGACUCUGAGGGGGAGUGAAGACUCAGAGGGAGUGAGGACUAAGGUACUACCAUCUUCAGGUAGACUCAGGAAGAAGCCUGGAUCUCACUUCCAAAUAAAGCCUGGAGCUCAUAGGUCAGAGGCCUCAGUGGGAGGAGACCCAAAGGAAGUCGGGUACAGAAGGAAAAGUUUGAGGGAUUUGGGAACUAUGUGACUUGCAGCAAAUCUCACCCCUCUCUGAGACUUAAGUGUUCCCAUCUCUAUAGUCCUGUGUUCCUCACGGGGAGAUAAUGGGGAUUAAAUUAGAUCAUGAAUAUGAAAGUGCUUGGAAAACUACAGCCCUGCCUAAACAUGAAUUAUCUCACCUCAACCAAGUGGAGAACACACCUGGCUGGAUUAGGAACCCCAUCCUCCUGCACAUUUAUGGGCUCUGCUUAGGCUAAAGCCAUCCUCAUGUCAUAGCCUGGAAGGACACUGUGAAGGAGGAUCUGCUUUGAGGAACCAGGGCAGCUUCCUACUGUAGGCAGCCAUGUGGUGACAGCCCUGAACAAGAGGGGGCAGCCUGGAGCCCUGAAAGGUGCCUGUGCAGGUGGGGCCCACACCCAGAUUUCUCCUGCUGACUGUCCUGCUGACUCACCCCCAUAUCCCAGCCCUUUUACCUUUAUGGAAGAGCCGGAAAGGGUGUGGGGAGAAGAGGAGAGGGAGGCAGGUCCUGGGCCCCAGUCCCGCCCCCUGCCCCUCCCUACCCUUCCCUGGGCCAGGCCACCCAGCCAAAAGGCAGGCCGAGAGCAGGAGAGGCACAGAGUCCGGCAUUGGUCCCAAGGCAGCCAGUUAGCCCGCCGCCCAGCUGUCUGUCCCCAGAGCCAUGGAGAGAGCCAGUCUGAUCCAGAAGGCCAAGUUGGCAGAGCAGGCCGAACGCUAUGAGGACAUGGCAGCCUUCAUGAAGGGCGCUGUGGAAAAGGGUGAGGAGCUCUCCUGUGAAGAGCGAAACCUGCUCUCAGUGGCCUACAAGAAUGUGGUGGGCGGCCUGAGGGCUGGCUGGAGGGUCCUGUCCAGCAUUGAGCAGAAGAGCAACGAGGAGGGCUCCGAAGACAAGGGCCCUGAGGUGCGAGAGUACCGUGAGAAGGUGGAGACUGAGCUCCGAGGUGUAUGCGACACUGUGCUGGGCCUGCUGGAUAGCCACCUCAUCAAGGAAUCCGGGGAUGCCGAGAGCCGGGUCUUCUACCUAAAGAUGAAGGGCGACUACUACCGCUACCUGGCAGAGGUGGCCACCGGGGACGACAAGAAGCGCAUCAUCGACUCAGCCCGCGCAGCCUACCAGGAGGCCAUGGACAUUAGCAAGAAGGAGAUGCCACCCACCAACCCCAUCCGCCUGGGCCUGGCCCUGAACUUUUCUGUCUUCCACUAUGAGAUUGCCAAUAGCCCCGAGGAGGCCAUCUCGCUGGCCAAGACCACUUUCGACGAGGCCAUGGCUGACCUGCACACCCUCAGCGAGGACUCCUACAAAGACAGCACCCUCAUCAUGCAGCUGCUGCGAGACAACCUGACACUGUGGACAGCCGACAACGCCGGGGAAGAGGGGGUCGAGGUUCCUGAGGAGCCCCAGAGCUGAGCCGGGCCACCACCUACCCUACCCUGCCCUGCCUGCUCCAGUCCCCACCUCGCGGAGAGGACUAGUGUGGGGUGGGAGGCCCCACCCUUCUCCCCAAGGCUCUGCCCCAGCUCAGAAGGGCCCCAUGGAGAGGGGCAGAGCUGAGGCCACCUGGGGCCGGGGUUCCACUCUUCAUGCAGCUGUUGAGUGCUCCUAACCCUGAUCAUCCCACCCAACCCUGCUCUCCGCAUCCCCUUCCUCCCAACCCCACUUCUUCCCCCUCCUUUCCUCCCUCCUGUCCCUGCAGCCUCUGGAUCUUAGGAAUUGAGGAGUGUCCCACCCUGGUGGCUGAGAACUGGACCAUGUGGCAGAGGCUGGACAUGGGUGUGUGUGUGUGACUGUGUGUGAGAGUGAAAGCAGGACCGAGACCAACGGAGGGAAAGCAUGUCUGCUGGAUGUGACCAUGUUUUCUCUCAAUAAAGUUCCUCUGUGACACUCC